CUUAAUUCCAUUUGUUUCCCUGGGAUCAGGAUACAUUAUUAACCUCUUCUCCCUACUUCCUUACACCACAUGACAUGCCUCUAAACAUCUUAACGCGUUGCUAGUGCCGACAUAGUUCUGCUUUCUGCUUUCUUCCAAUGUACCGCACCAUAUCAUGUUAGCGUCGGCUUAGGGCUUACCCUUGAGACAGAAUGGAGGGCCUGUCCGAUGCGGAACGGGAGGCACUGGCGCGUGCUCUGAAGGAACGCGUCUAUAAGCGUGCAACACUAAUUACCGCUGUUUUGCGGAAGUUUAUGUCAGACUGGAAUGCCGCCUACAAGAAGGAGCAAGAUGCCGCUCGCGCAGCCGCGCUGGCAAGAGCCGAGGCGCGCAAGCGCGGCCGCCGGGCGAGGAAGCCCAAACCCCCUCCCAAGAAAGACCCCAAGAAGAAGGGCAAGCCCCCGCUGAAACCCGUGGCUGAGGCCUGGUUCACGGUGCUGUACACCCUGGACGAGCUGAUCCACAAACAUAAAAAGGUCACCCUGGAGGACAUGUACCGCGGCGCGGAGCACCUGCAGCAGUCCGAGCUGGUGACGCUGCGAAACAUCUUGGCAACCGCAAACAAAAAGGUCCUGCCCAAGGAGAUGAACCUGAACCAGAUGGCGGUCAAGCAGGCGCUGUGGGCCGCCUCCGCGGCGCACGAGUACCACUGCGUGGACCGGCCGCUGCUGGCGCCGGUGCCGGCGCUGGCGGUGAUGCGGGACAAGGGGGUCAGCAUGCGGCAGCUGUUCGAGCUGGGCUUCCGCGAGUCCGAGCUGCUGCGUGUGGGGUUCGGUGUGGAGGAGGUGCUGGCGGUGUCGGGGCACGAGCCCGCCCGCCUGCGGGCCGCGGGGCUGAGUGUGAAAGAGGUGGUGGGCGGGUUCGGCGGGGCGGGGCGGCUGCCGGGGGACCUGCAGGGCUUCAGGGGGGUGCAGAAGCUGAGGGCCGCGGGGUACUCGGCGGCGGAGAUGGUGGCGGGGGGCAUUGACAACGCGUGGGACCUACGAAGAGCGGGCUUCAGCGCAUCCGAGGUCAUCUCAGCGGGCGUGCCUCCGGAGGCGCUGCGCCCCGCCGGCUUCGGCCUCCCCGAGCUGCGGCCGCCCUCCUUCCUGGGGCCCUCCUUCGCCGUGCUGCAGGAUACCGACCCGCGCACGCUGCCACCUGCCAAGGAGGGCACGCGGGGGGGCAUCUGGCCCAGGCUGCUGCAGCCGCAGGCACCCGCGGCGCCGCAUAAGGAGCGGGACCACAGUCGCAACCGCUUUGCCAACAUGCGCAUGCGCGCCGCCAGCAGCGCCGCCUCCGCCUCCACCUCCAUCUCCGGGGCGGCCGGCGGGCCCUCCAUCACCUCCACCGCCAUGGCGGACUCCCUCAACCCGCGCGUUGUGGCCUGGCCCGAUAACUCGGGGACAGGCGGGCCGGCGGUGGGCGGGGCGCUGCCGCCGGCGCCCAACCUGUCACGCAUGGGCUCGCUGACGGGUACCGGCCGUGGUGGCGCGUGAGGUGGAUAGAGAGAGGAGGCGUGAAAGUGGGACAGCAGGGGUUGUCAUGGGUUUGUGGGAGGUGGGCGGGUCGGGGCUUGUGGCGGUGUAGUUUGCGGGUUGCGCGUUGCGUUCCUGAUUAGAUCGGGGUGCUUUUGAAGCGCUUGGCUCGUCCGCAUUUGGGUCUGAGAGAGGUGCUUGCAAUAAAGAAGGCGGGGAGAGGUGAGGAUUGCGGUGUCACGGUACGUAAUGGACGGCAACCGCUGGCUAGGUACCGGUAGUUGAGGUGGGCGUACACGAUGACAGAGCAGCCCCGCAGCGAUUGUGGCGGCUGUGUCGGUGCGGCUGUCCUUUCCUGCUGUUGUCCCUGAGAGGAUUCCGGCAUGUUGGUCACGUUGCGUGCAAUUAGCGGUACCCGCUACAUAAGUUCAGUGCUUGCCUGCUGUGGCAAUGCUCUGUGGUCACCGCAGCGGUCCCUGUGACCCUUGGGUCGUAAGGAGGUUAGGAAUGACGGCCCCUAAAUUGCGAUUACCCUCAUCUUUCCAGGAAUUUGUAGCUGUAGGUCUGGGGCGUAGGUUAGGUGUCUAGCUUGAAUGUUUAGUUCUUUAGCUUUCCCCGUGCACACACGGCCUGCUGCUGUUGUACAUCGCGCCAGUGCGAUGGAUUCGGCAUGCUUGGUCCAUGUAUAGAUAAGAGAUAGGAUGUAUAUUUAUGGUGGCAGCCGCUUGUUGGCAAGCCAAUGCCGUACUAUCGAUGAUUCCUUUCUGUCAGGGGGUCAGCACCAUGUCAGGGGGAGGAUAUCCACAGUGCCGAAGGGUUGUACACAGCGGUGCGGUACUACCAGUGAGCGGUGUUGUUUGGAUGAACUUUUUGAAACGACAGCAACGGGAACCCAAUCUUCUAUUGGCACAGCCUUUCCUUGUGGUCGCGCGUGUAUGCUCGUAUUCGGCAAACUGUGAAGUGGAUGGGGGAGCGGAGCUGAUGGGGCGGUCAAGCAUAGAAUGCAUAGUUGAGCAGGUACUGCUCAGGGAGCCGGCUAGCCCCUCAUCCAGCUCCUCUAUGUGAUUAGCCUAUCAUACCUUGUAAUGUACUGUAUG